CCAAACAAAACAUCUCCUUUCAUCAGGCGUUUGUCGCUUCAUACAGAACUUUCCGCUAACUUUGUGGCGUGUUUAGGACCUUAAAAGGCAAUCAUUAUGCCUUAUAUCCUGAUAAGUUGUCAGAUAAGGCUGGCAAGUGGGCCCACAACCUGUGGGGACGAAUUUUCCGACAGAGAAUUGAUGGAGUAUUUGGGGGCCGAGCUGGUGCACACUUUUGGUAACAACUUUAAGGAGUACAUCAGCACUGAUCCACCUCGUGCAGUCCUUAACAGACUGGAAGGUAGAGGAUACAAAGUAAUAGCAGCAACAGGUGUUGGUCAAACAUUAGUCUGGACACUCUACAAGGACGACAACCGUGAGAUUGUGGACAAAGGAAAAGCUGACAGAUAAAAUACCUGUCUUCCAAUGCAUAACUGUUUAAUGGAGUGCGAGACUAUACAUAUUACACAAUGACUGAAGUUCUGUACAAGCAGUUAAUGAAUGAUUAAUAGCUGAUCUUAAUUAUUUUUCACUGUAAAAUGUCAGUCCCAUGAAACCAUGAAACACAGGAAAUAUUGUUAGAGGUUCUUUUGAUGACAAGAACUUAAAAAAAGAAAUGUUUCUCCUAUUAUUUAUUAGUAUAUUUAAUACUGUAAACCUACUCAAAGAACUUUUUAAGGUGGAAUGUUACUCAGUGUUGGUCAUCUGUUGCACAACUUUAAGAGGAAAUGUAUAACUUGUUCCCAUUACAGCCAUGCAGCCAAGGAAAAAAAGGAAAAUAUAGUGGCACCUAAUCAAUUGUUAAUAAAAUAAAAAUUCAU